GUACAACUUUUUGUGAAGACAAGACAGCUUGAAUUUAGCAACUUGACUUCGCUAUAUAUUGAUGUCUCCCCAUCUCAAUCACAGGCAGCUAGCUAUAAAUGAUUCUGGUUCUGGUACUGGUACUUGUUCUUGUUCUUGUUCUCGUUUAGAAAGGCAGAAAGUAUGGAAGUUGCGCCAUUCACGUAUCUCUUCCCUUCCGCUCAUCAAUUCCCCCCUCGAAACUAUGUGCACUGGACUCAGACCCCUGAAUCCCAUCUUUACUCGGCCGACAUACCAGGUGUGCGGAAGGAGGAGAUAAAGGUGGAGGUGGAGGACUCUAGGUACCUCAUCAUAAGAACGGAGGCGGUGGCGGACCGGAGCUUCAGCCGAAAAUUCCGGCUGCCGGAGCGGGUGGAUGUGGAGGGCAUUUCGGCGGAGUACGUGGACGGAGUGUUGACGGUGAAGGUGCCUAGAUCCUACAUCAGGAUGGGGUUUUUCAUUGAUCCACCUCAUACCAUGGAUCUCACUGCCACUGCUGCUUGAUUUUGCUAUUUCAUAUGUAUGUGUGGCUUGGACUUGCAUUCAAAACUCAUGAAAUUCUUUAAAAUAUGCAUAUCAUAUCGUUGGUAUUUGAAUCAUUGUUGAAAUUCUCCAUUUUGUUCAGUAGAAUGAAAAUUGGUCGCAGUUUGGAUUUUGAGUU